AUGGACCCUGGAAGGUUCUGGAAGGAUUGGAUGGAGGUGGAGAUGGAAUCGGAGAGGGUGGAAGGGGGAAAGAACAAAACGAAAUCUGAAACAGUAAAUGAUGAAAGUGUUCAUGAUCAUUUGAAAGAUGGUUCGCCACCUAACAUAGAAGACAUUGAGAAUGAGGAUAAAGAUUUUGAUAGAGAAAGUAAGAGACCUAGGUUAAGUACUUCAAAAGUUUGGGAUCAUUUUAUGAAAAUUGGUAUUAAAGAUGGUAAAGAAAAGGCAAAAUGCAAUGCAUGUGGAACAGAGUAUGUUGCUGGUGGUAUGAAAAUAGGGACCUCAACAAUGUUGCGUCAUUUAUCAAAGUGCUCGGUCCUAAAGAAAUUAAAAGACAAUGACAUAGGGAAAAUGAUAAUUGAUCAUGCUGGGAAAUUAAGAUCUAGAGAAAUUGACCAAAAAGUUGUAAAUGACCUUAUUUCAAUGGUUAUUAUUCAACAUGGACUUCCAUAUAAUUUCUUUGAAUAUAAAUGGAUUAAAGAAUUACUUCUAUAUCUAAAUCCAGAAGUAAGAGUUCCAAGUAGGAAUACAGUUGUGUCUAAUAUUUCAAAGAAAUUUCAUGAACACAAAGAGAGGGUUAAACUUGCGAUGUGUAAAUCUCAUAGUAGAAUUUGUUUGACAUCUGAUUGUUGGACUUCUAUAAAUCAAGAAGGGUUUAUUUGUUUGACUGCUCAUUUUGUUGAUGCUAGUUGGAGGUUGAAUAGUAAGAUUAUUGCCUUUUGUAAAAUGGAACCUCCACAUAUAGGUCAUGAUUUGGCACAAAAAAUAGUUGCUCUCUUGCUUGAUUGGGAAAUAGAUAGGAAGAUUUUUUCUAUUACACUCGACAAUCCUAAUGCCAAUGAGGUGUUGCAAAAAAUUUUGAGUGAGCAAUUGAAAUUGUGUAGUGCACAUGUCUUGAAUAUUAUUGUGCAAGAGGGAUUAAAGGUGGCUUCUGUUGCUUUGCAAAAGAUUAAAGAGAGCAUAAAAUAUGUGAGAGGAUCAGAGGCAAGAAAAAUUGCAUUUAAAGAAUGUGUUAUUCAAGUGAGGGGUAUUGAUACCAAAGUAGGUUUGAAAAUGGAUGUUCCUACUAGAUGGAAUUCUACCUAUCUUAUGCUUGAGAGUGCAAUUCGAUAUCGACGCGCCUUUGGAAGUUUGGCUAUCCGUGAUAGAAAUUAUUUUCAUUAUCCGUCAAAUGAUGAGUGGAAAAAGGCUGAAAAAAUGUGUGAGUUCUUGAAGCCGUUUUAUGUAAUGACUAAUUUGAUUUCAGGUUCUUCUUAUCCAACUUCUAACCGUUACUUCAUGCAAGUUUGGAAAAUUGAAUGUUUGUUACGAGAAAAUGUAAAAAGUGAUGAUAUGACGAUUAAAAAUAUGUCAUUGAGUAUGAUGAACAAGUUUAGUAAGUAUUGGGAUCAAUAUUAUGACAUUCUUGCUAUUGGGGCUAUUCUUGAUCCAUGGAUGAAGUUUGAAGCCAUUCGAUUUUGUUAUAGAAAGAUUAAUCCUUCUACUUUUGAAGAAAAAAUUAAUGUUUUAAAGGAUAACAUGCAUAAGUUGUUUGAAGAAUAUGUCAAAUUAAAUUCAAAUGAGUCAAAUACUUCAAGUUCUCAAGUUGCUCCUCCAACAUAA